GGUUUGCUGUGUCAACUUUGAAAUAACAUUUGUGCAGAGACAGAUGACUUGAAGAUGGAAAAUAACACUAACUUCUCAAACCGCGAAUCAGGAAAUCACAACUUUCACGCCAAACCUUUUGUCGUUGUGAACUGUGCAUUGAAUGCGCCAUUCAUGCUUGUAUCAACUCUGGGCAACACGUUGGUUCUUGCCGCCAUUGUAAGGACUCCGUCGAUUCGUUCUCCGUCAAUGAUCAUGCUCGCUAGUCUUGCUACUACAGACUUCCUGGUAGGCCUUAUCGCUCAGCCGUUGUUUAUUGCAGAUGAGCUCAUUAUGAAGAAUCAUGUUCUAAACGCUCUUUCUUCAAUGAUAGGAUUCGCCUUAUGUGGUAUUUCUCUCGCAACCAUAACAGCCAUUAGCAUAGAUCGUUUUAUUGCACUGCAGUAUCACUUGCGAUAUGCAACUCUUGUGACUAACUCCCGAGUAAUCUGUUCUAUAGUUGCGGCGUCGUUGAUUAUCUUGAUCUGUUCAGGACUUCGCUUAUGGGAUAACGUUGGAUUUCACCUACUUUUCGCGAUACUCACCGGUGUUUGUCUUGUAAUAUCCACGCUUUGUUACAUUAAAAUUUAUCAAAUCGUCCAACGCCAUCGAGUGCAGAUCCGCUCUCAAGAACAAGCUACAAAAAGUCACGUAAUUCAGAAUCGCACAGAAAAAAUGCGAUUAAAACAAAGCGCUUUGAACACGUUCGUUUUUUAUAUCUCCAUGAUUGCAUGUUACUCUCCCUCGUAUAUUUUGCUCUUCCUUUUUGGAAUUUCUUAUUCCACAUGGAAAACGGAAUGGACCAUCUCGACUACCGUUGUGUUUAUGAACUCGUCCCUGAAUCCAGUUCUGUUUUGCUGGCGUAUCCGCCAGCUUCGGGUUGCAGCUGUGAAGACGGCAAGAGAUAUGUUAUGCACCACCACUGAUUAAAUUCAAAAACAGUAACUUUUGUCAGACAAUUCUGGCUUCUUAGUGCAGCGAUAAGCUGCAUUUUAAUUAGCUAGCUCAGCAGCACCAAGAACAAACAAAAUUGAAUCGAUCGGGGACAUCGGAAGAUAUUGUAAAAUUAGUGAGAAUAAUAAACGGGAAAGUUUUUGCCUUUCGUUUAUACCCAAAACGCUUUCAAAAUUUCUCGCCAAAAGGAAUAGAAGAGGUCUCGUUGAGAAUU